GCAGUAACUUUUUUCUUUAAUACGUUUUAAAAUUUUAAUCGAUUUUUUUAUGUUUCGAUAUUUGACGAGAAGCUUCAUGGAUUAAAAUCUAUUUACCGGCCCAAUUGGCCAAAUCAAUUAAAUUAUUAGUGUUUUCAAUGAACUUUAAACCUUCAACACAUGUAGCACAGAUAUGUAUUAACUGGCGAAAUACUAUUACUACUAUUACUUAUUGUACUACAUUGUAUACUCUUUGGUCUAUGAAAAUAAGGCGAUUAGGAUUUAUAAAUAUUUAACCGCAAAGUUAAAAAAAAUUAACAGAAAAGGUACACCUACCUACCUACUACAUACAUACCUCUUCUAGGUAGGUAUCAUACUUAUUGUCAUAAAUAAAUUUAUUUAUUGCACUAAAACUUAUUGGAAAUAGAAAUAGUCAUAAUGACUUCAGAAUCUCAAACGGCUGAUUAUCAAAAUAGGAGAUGGCAACAUAUAAGGAAGCUGCUGGAAAGAUCUGGUCCUUUCUGCCAUCCAGAUUUUGAAGCUUCAGCAGAAAUUCUAAAUUUCAUCAUGAACUGUUGUAAAGUUCUCAUUGUUGGAGCAGGUGGUCUUGGUUGUGAAUUAUUGAAAGAUUUAGCCUUAAUGGGCUUCAAAAAGUUACAUAUUGUAGAUAUGGAUACAAUAGAACUAUCAAAUUUGAACCGGCAAUUUUUGUUCAGAAGAAAUGAUAUUGGCCUACCUAAAGCUAAAUGUGCUGUGGAAUUUGUCAAUAAAAGAGUUCCUGGGUGUGAAGCUGUAGCUCACCACUGUGCCAUUCAGGACCUUGAUGAAGAUUUUUAUAGACAAUUCCACAUUGUUGUUUGUGGACUUGACUCAAUUAUUGCUCGGAGAUGGCUUAAUGGAAUGCUGGUAUCCUUGUUGCAGUACAAUGAUGACAGAAGUUUGGACCAGAGUAGUGUAAUUCCAAUGGUGGAUGGAGGUACUGAGGGAUUUAAAGGCAAUGCUAGAGUUAUAUUACCUGGCAUGAGUGCAUGUAUUGAGUGUACUUUAGAUCUAUAUCCCCCACAAAAAACUUUCCCUUUGUGCACCAUUGCUAACACUCCAAGAUUACCAGAACAUUGUAUCGAAUAUGUUAAAGUAAUUCAAUGGGCAAAGGAGAAUCCAUGGGGUAGUUCAACAACUUUAGAUGGUGAUGAUCCACAGCAUGUCGUGUGGGUGUAUGAAAAGGCCCAAGAAAGGGCAAUGAAGCAUGGGAUUGCUAAUGUUACAUACAGAUUGACCCAAGGAGUUUUAAAGAACAUUAUACCUGCUGUUGCCAGUACUAAUGCUGCUAUAGCUGCUGCUUGUGCUACAGAGGUAUUUAAACUAGCUUCAUCUUGUUGUGUGAAUAUGAACAACUACAUGGUACUGAAUAUGGCUGAUGGUGUGUAUACAUAUACAUUUAGUGCAGAGAAAAGGCCUGAUUGCGUUGCUUGUUGCAAUUCUACUAGGGUUAUGAAAAUCGAUCCUGAUGCUACAUUACAAUAUAUUUAUACAAAACUUUGCGAAGAUCAAGCUUAUUUGAUGAAGAGUCCAGGCAUAACCACUGUAAUUAAUGGAUGCAAUAAAACAUUAUACAUGUCAUCUAUUAAGAGCAUUGAAGAAAGGACAAAAGAUAAUUUAAAGAAGAAAUUAACAGAUUUGGGUUUGUUUAAUGGUGCUGAUAUAUUAGUAGCAGAUGUGACUACUCCUAACACCAUAACCAUAAAAUUAAAAUUCGAAACUCUUGAUGUUGAUAUGACUAAAUAAAAAUUAAAUUAAAGUAAUAAACAAAUAUCCAUCAAAUUUAAUGCGGUCUACUCACUACUCCGCCAAUGCCUACUUACCUAUUUUGUU